CCAGGGAUGGCGGCUGCAGCGGUUGCCCCGGUGACCAGGCGAGAGGCGGCAUCCCGACCGGGCGGGCGAGCGCGGCGGCGUCCGCGGGUGAGCGGAACGGAUUUUUUGCUGUGAGAAUUGCUGGAAGCAGUUCAGGAUGGGAGAUAUUCUAGCCCAUGAAUCUGAAUUACUUGGACUAGUGAAGGAGUAUUUAGAUUUUGCUGAAUUUGAGGAUACUCUGAAGACCUUUUCAAAGGAAUGCAAAAUGAAAGGAAAGCCACUAUGCAAAACAACAGGUGGAUCUUUAAAGGACUCCAAGGCCCUGUCAAUUCAGAAGGAUCUCCUGGCUGCCUUUGACAAUGGGGACCAGAAGGUAUUCUUUGAUUUGUGGGAGGAGCAUGUCCCCAGCACCAUCCGAGAGAGUGACUCUCUUGCGCAGAAGCUGGAGUUCUACACUCACAUCCACUUCGCCAUCUUUCUCUUCAAGCACUCCUCCGGGAGGCCGGACAAGCAGGAGCUGGAUGAGAGGAUUUCUUACUUCAAAACCUACCUGGAGACGAAAGGGGCUGCGCUGAGCCAGACCACUGAGUUUCUUCAGUACUACGCCCUCCCCUUUGUGCUCAAUCCGAUGGUGCACCCCUCAUUUAAAGAACUCUUCCAGGAUUCCUGGACUCCAGAGUUAAAGAUGAAACUGGAAAAGUUUCUAGCUUUAAUUUUUAAAGCCAGUAACACACCCAGGCUUCUAACCAUCUAUAAGGAGAAUGGACAAAAUAACAAAGAAAUGCUGCAGCAGCUGCACCAGCAUCUGGUGGAAGCCGAGCGCCGGUCCAUGACGUACCUGAAGCGGUACAAUAAGAUUCAGGCUGACUACCACAACCUCAUCGGAGUCACAGCCGAGCUGGUGGACUCACUAGAAGCCACAGUUAGUGGCAAGAUGAUCACUCCUGAGUACCUGCAGAGUGUCUGUGUCCGCCUCUUCAGCAACCAGAUGCGGCAGAGCCUGGCACACAGCGUGGACUUCACCAGGCCUGGGACAGCCUCAACCAUGUUACGAGCCUCCUUGGCCCCCGUGAAACUGAAAGAUGUUCCAUUACUGCCCUCCCUGGACUAUGAGAAACUGAAGAAGGAUUUGAUCUGGGGGAGUGACCGGCUAAAAGCCUUCUUGUUGCAGGCUCUGCGCUGGCGCCUGACCACAUCUUAUCCUGGUGAGCAGAGGGAGACAGUACUGCAAGCCUACAUCAGCAAUGACCUGUUGGACUGUCACAGCCACGGCCAGAGGAGCGUGCUGCAGCUGCUGCACUCCAAGAGCGAGGUGGUGCGCCAGUACAUGGCCAGGCUCAUCAACGCGCUGGCGUCCCUGGCAGAAGGUCGCCUCUACCUUGCCCAGAAUACAAAGGUGCUCCGGAUGCUGGAGGGAAGGCUGAAGGAGGACGACAAGGAUGUCAUCACCCGGGAGAAUGUUCUCGGGGCCCUGCAGAAGUUCAGCCUCAGGCGCCCGCUGCAGACGGCGAUGAUUCGAGAUGGCCUCAUCUUCUGGCUGAUCGACAUUCUGAAGGAGCCCGACUGCCUGUCUGACUACACUCUGGAAUACUCGGUGGCCUUGCUCAUGAACCUCUGCCUCCGCAGCGCAGGGAAGAACAUGUGUGCCAAGGUGGCGGGGCUGGUGCUCAAAGUGCUUUCGGAUCUCCUUGGCCAUGAAAACCACGAGAUACAGCCCUAUGUGAACGGAGCUCUGUACAGCAUCCUUUCCAUCCCGUCCAUUCGUGAGGAGGCCCGAGCAAUGGGAAUAGAAGACAUACUUCGCUGCUUCAUCAAAGUAGGCAAUGCAGAGAUGGUCCGCCAGAUAGAAUUUAUCAUCAAGCAGCUCAAUUCUGAAGAGCUGCUGGAUGGCGUUCUGGAGUCUGAUGAUGAUGAAGAUGAAGAAGAUGAGGAGGACCACGACACCAUGGAAGCCGACCUGGACAAGGACGAGCUGAUCCAACCCAAGCUCGGGGAACUGUCUGGCGAGAAGCUUCUGACCACGGAGUACUUGGGAAUCAUGACCAACACAGCGAAGGCCCGGCGGAAGGGGACCGGCAGCGCGCAGCAGAGCGGGGACGAGCCCCUGCGCCGGCCCGUCACCCCCGGCGGCCACAGGAGCGGGUGCCCAGCGUAAGUCCGGGCUAAACCAGGCGGGAGUCUUUACGUUUUUAAACUUCCCCGUGGCUAACUGCUGUUGGAAGAUGUGUGGGGUUUUGAAGAUGCAAAAUAAAGCAUU